AAUGCUGAAAUUUGAUUUAUAUCGUAAGUUACCAUAGGAUUUGAUUGAGCCAUCAAAAUCAGGUGCAUUAAUCUCAUUUACAUCAUUGAUUUUGAUGUUUAUAUUAUUUAUUACAGAAUUUUAGGUAAUUCAAAGUCAUAAGGAAAGGAAUAUCUGACUUAACAAGUACAAACUGAGAUGUAUAUUGAUUAAAAUAAGGAUGACACAUUAUUAGUCAAUAUGGAUAUCUCAUUUCCUAAAAUGCCCUGUGAUUUUAUAACUAUUGAUUAACAAGAUGUAAUUGGCACUCAUUAAUAAAAUGUAUAAGGUGAGUUAUAUAAAAAGAGAAUAUUAAAUGGAAAAGUAAUUGAAUCAUAUGUAUAAUUAAAUAAUAAUAAAAAUAGUUAUCAACUAAUGAAUCAUUGAAUUUAGAGAAAGCCUAGUAAGCAUAUGAAUAAAAAGAAGGUUGUGAUCUAUCUGGAUAUAUCAUAAUAAGUAGAGUCCCUGGUAAUUUCCAUAUAUCUGCUCAUCCAUAUGGAGGAUAAGUUAAUAUAGUAUUACCAUUUGUUGGAUUAUCAACAAUUGAUUUAUCACAUUCAAUUAGACACUUGUCUUUUGGAAAUUAAAAUGAUAUAUAAAAAAUUAGAGAGAAAUUCUAAUAAGGACUACUUAAUCCUUUAGAUGGAAUAAGUAGAAUUAAGACAUAAGAACUCUAAAAUGUUGGGGUGACACAUUAAUAUUAUAUUUCUAUUGUUCCUACAAUCUAUGUUGAUAUAGAUAAUAAAGAAUAUUUUGUAAAUCAAUUCACAGCGAAUACAAAUGAAGCUUAGACUACAUCAAUGCCUGCUAUUUAUUUUAGAUAUGAUAUAUCUCCUGUGACUGUUCAAUUUACAAAAUAUUAUGAGACCUUUAAUCAUUUCAUAGUUCAACUUUGUGCUAUUUUAGGAGGAGUAUUUACAAUAGCUGGAAUAAUAGAUUCAAUAUUUUAUGCAUGUAAUUUAUAGAUUUAAUAUUUAAGUACAAAAAACCAAGGUAGUUUUGGAUUAAUGA